CUGGAAAUUUGUUUUACGAUUCCUCAAUUCAAAAACUACCCACCACAUAUCAUGAAAAAUAAAUUGCUGAACUCCUGAACGUAUUGAAAUGAAAUCGCUCUAACCCUUAAGUAGUAAAAAUAAUGAAAGUGCUUUAAAAUAUCCUAUGAAAAUACUGAAUAACAUAAUAUUAACUCUGCUAAAACUGAGGAAAACAGCUUUUUGCGUCAUGGUAUAUAGCCAAUAACUGUGAAGUAAAUUUAAUAAACAAGAGACCAAAUAAACCUAUAGUUGGUUGGCUAUAUUUAUAAUGCAUAGUUUUGAGAAACCUGAGUAUACUUUUAACAUGGCAGUCUUUAGUAAGUUGAACAACUUAAAAUUGUACAAAAUCUAGAUUUUCACUCUCUUUACUUACAACUAAUAUUAGUGCAGAUAAAUUUAACUUUAUGUCACAUAGGUUUUGAAACUUAAAAUUGGUUUGAUAGUAAAUCCUUUAUUUAAUAAAAAAACUGUAGGUAGAAUGUAUUAAAGGCGUUGUCGAAUUCGCUCAACGCAUAGACGUGAAACUUGGACCUACAAAUGAACCAAUACUGAAUGUUGUCAAUUUCCACAAAAUGAUGAUAACGCAGAAGCCAUAUUUAUCAUGUUUACAGCUCCCUCAAUCAACUGCAAAGUGUUCACUUACAUAUUUCGUCCUCAAGCUGGUUACUAAACUGGAGUCUGUUAUAUAUUCUUAUAUACCACCAUCCGUAAAUUCGAGUCGGCCUAAUCCAGACGUUCGUAUGACUGGUGGUCUUCUUUUAUCCCCAAUAUUGCCAUACCUUAUCACGUGGCCAUUAGCUCUUCUUCCUCCUAGCUUGGAUAAAACUUUAGGGAAUCCAUCAAAGGAGGCGAGGAUACUUGCUCUUCGUAAACUACUUCGCCUAAUUGCAGCUAUAAUACUUGCAUUGCCGAUCACAAAUAAGCCUGAAUUUUCAAAAAGUGAAUCAAGUGCAAUAAAAGGUAAUGCAUUGCUAAAAGAGCUUUCAUCAAUUGCUGAACAUUCUGUUGAAUUAGAAACUGUUGUCAGUGCUUGUUUUACUCAGUUGGAAAAUCUUGUUUCUCAAUUAAAUCAAUAUUACGAACCUACCCGAAUAUGUACUACUACCUCAUGGUGGUGGAUCCGUGCACUAUGUGAACAUCUACCUCGACUUAUGCAAGUCGCUCCAUUUUCCAAUCCUGUAAACAUAUUACGUCUUCUAAUCGAAGAUGUUAAAAGGAAAUCUAUAUUAUCAACAAAUACCAAACAAAAUACUGGUCACCAGACGGCAGAACCAACAAAAUGGUCGAGAGCACUUGAAUACGGUCUUCAGGAAGCCAAAUCUAAAAUAAGAGUAAAAGAAGGCAGUGGAGCGUUAAAGUACCAAUGGCCUAAGGUUGGUGAGAUUUUACAAGCUAAAGAAACUAUAGAAAAACAGUAUAUACUGGAAAGCAAAAGUGGAAAAAAAUCACCGACAAGAUCACUCUCAUCUCAUAUCAUAGAUACUGCUCCUUCCCCAAUAGAUGAAGAACAACAUCGUUUCUUUGUAACGAGCGAUAACGAAGAAGAAGACGUUUGCAUUCUACAUGAACAAGUAGAUACUUCCUCUCUUUCCGAUAAUGAUGAUGAUGAAGAAGAGCAAGAACAAGAAAUUAAAGAUAAUUUAUUACAUAAACAAGAGAAGGUCCGCAGCCUAUUUUAUAUUCCUAUAAAAGCUGAACCGAUAGAAACACCACCAGCUAUAGAAGAUGUACAUGAGUUGAUUGAACGUGUGCUCCAGUACUGUCGACCAGAUAUUGUAACAACUGUACGUCAGAUCUUGUCAGAUUUUGAUUCACCAAACACUUCAUCACUAGAAAAGUCAAUACGGAUUCAAGAAAGUGUUUUAGGACAUACUAAAGCUCCUGUUAUACAAUGAACAACGUUUUGUGUUUCACUACCGUACAUACUGAAUAAAGAUCUUGUCACUUGCAACUAUAACAAAGGCAAAAUCAAUUCAGUUUAAAAUGAAAUAAGUGUAUACGAACUGUUUAGUAUUCUUACAUUUGAACCAUUUUGCAUAUAAUAUUUAGUUAUAGCUCCUCUAUUGUCUGAUUUUAACGAUUCUGUAUUUCCUUGGGAUAAUUAUAGCAGUGAUAGACUGUUACUUAAUGUGCUUUUACAGUCAACUUUUCUGUUAUUGUUGUUUUGUUUUCCUUCUCUUCAGUUUUUCCUUAAAUAUUUACUUCCUUAGCUUAAUUAGUAAUUUCUUUAUCGACUACUAGAAAUGAACUAAUAUAUGUACUUAAUAAUUUGUUUGUUAUUAGAAUCCCAUCUUUUAUGACGAUUGGUGAUUACGAUGCUAACAGUUUAUUGACAAUAGUGAUUACUUUUGUUGCAAAAAUUUGGUAUCAUCCGAAUGUCAAAGUUCUAUUUAAUUUCGUUUUACUAGUUUCUUACAAAUCCCCUGUGAUUCCGAUUGUUAAGCGUGAUUAUUGAUGCAGUAUCGAAGAUACUGCAUCAAUUAACUAGGAUAACAUCUAUUUAAGGAUUUUAGUCUAGAGUAGUUGGUCUACUAUUUUUAUGUAACGUGCUCUCCUAAACUUUUCUCAAGUUAUAGUGUAUAGGUCGU